AUGGAUGAUGAUAACAGUAAUAAUGACACUAGUGAUAAGAAUAACGAUAGUAAUAGUGAUAAUAGUGACAAUAGGGAUAAUAAAAAUAACAAUGAUGAUAAUAAUAAUAAUAAUGAUAAUAAUAAUAAUAAUAAUAAUAAUAAUGAUAGUAGUAGUAAUAAUAGCAAUAAUAAUAAUUAG